AUGUCUACUCAAUUUAUUGGAUCAAAGAUUGUUUUGAUUACAAAGAAACAAAUCAAAUAUGAAGGUGUAUUAUACACAAUCGAUCCAAAUGAUAACACUAUUGCUUUGAAAAAUGUGAAAUCAUAUGGUACAGAGGAUAGAGCAGGUCCCUUUAUUGCACCAUCAAAUGAAAUAUUUGAUUUUAUUGUCUUUAAGAGUGGAGAUAUUAGCGAUCUAAGUGUUUACGAAGCACCAGCCACCACUACCCCAGGUUCAACACCAUCAACUGCUGGAAACAACACCUCCUCCACCUCCUCCUCUUCUACACCAGCUGCAGCUGCUACUUCCAUCCCAACUCCAACUGCAGUCACUGCUGUACCAACCAUCCCAACACCAAACCCCUCUUCCUCCUCUUCCAAGCAAGCUGCUGCUCCCUCUAAUCCAGCUGCUUCUACCCCUUCCUCUUCCUCUUCUUUAUCUGCUACCACUCCAUCCAACAACGCACCAAAUGGUGGCCCAGCAGCAGCAGGUGGAGCACCUGGAUUUGGUCAACCACCACACAUGGGCGGUAUGCCAGGUGGCCAUGGAGGAUUCAUGAACCCAUAUGGAAACUUCCCCCAAUACGGUAUGCCACCCCCUCCACCAGGUGGAUUCCCACAACAAGGAUAUCCUCCAAUGUACAACCCAUACUUUAACAUGGGCUAUGGCUUCCCACCCUACGGAUACCCACCACAACAAAACAAUCCAAUGGGUCAACCUCCACAAGGUUUCUUUAAAAUGCCACCAGGUCAACAACCACAACCAGGUCAACAACCACAACAAGGAGGUCAACAAGGUCAACAACAACAAAGUCAACCACAACAACCACAAGUUGUACAAAAUUCACCAGCUGCACCUGCUUCUUCUACUACUCCAACUGGAUCGACUACUACUACAACCACUACUACACCUGCUGCCACUACCACGAUAACUACUACCACUCCAGCCACUACCAAGACUGUCGGAGUUGCUCCAGCCCCAGGCGUUCCAGCACCAAUCCUCUCUGUGCCCGCACCUGUCCCAGUCACUGCUGCCUCUGUUGUUGCUGCUGCCACUCAACCAAAUCCAGUUGCAUCACUUCCAACACCACCACCAGCCCUUGUAUCUACCACCCACAACAACAAUAAUCAAAACAAUCAUCACGAACAAUCAUCGUCAAGACCACCAUACAAUAAUAAUAGAAGACAAAAUAAUUAUAAUAACAAUAAUAACAAUAAUAACAGACCACAACAUCAACAACAACAACAACAAAAUGGUACAACCACUUUAGAUAAUAAUAAUAAGCCACAUCAACCAAGAAGAGAUCACGUAAACAAGAGAUAUAAUAAUAAUAAUAAUAAUAAUAAUGGAACUACUACUACUACUACUAGUCACCAUACCAAUAAUCAAACCACUGGUACAACUAGCCAAGGUGGUGCUCCAAAUAAGGGAUAUCACAAGAAACCAAUUCCACAAAAGAAAGAAUCAUUGGAAGAAUUCAACUUUGAAGAAUCAAAUUCACGUUUCAACAAGGAAAAGUUGGCCGAAGAAUUGGGUAACCCUACAUCUACCACUACUGUUACUACUCCAGAACCAGUUGUAGAGAAUAACAAUGAUCAAUCAUCAUCAUCUGAUCAAGAAGAUGAAUUACUUGGAAAUGGUGUACAAUCAAUUAGUCUUUCAACAUCUUAUACACCAUCCAACUUUUUUGAUAACAUUUCAUGUGAAUCAUUGGACAAGGCUAGCAACAAUAACAAACCAAAGACUUCACUUUACGAUCAAAGAAAACUCGACCAAGAAACCUUUGGUGUCGCCUCUGUACGUUCUUUUAACAAUGGCCGUGGUGGUAGAGGUGGAAAUAGAAGAUUCAACAGUUACAAUAAUAGAUCAAAUCAACAAAACAAAUCUACAAAUUAUCAAAAAUCAAAUACUACUGGUGGUAGUACUACUGUUCCUUCUAAAGAAAGUGCUUAA